AUGCGUGAAGAGGGCUACAAGGUCAAAGCAUCAAGACAAACUGGAGCAGGAACAGAAGAUAUAUAUGUACCAACCCUGUGGUACUUCGAUGCAUUAAAUUUUUUAGCUUCUCCAGCAGAGCCAUGUCGUCAACCUGUAGAUUCACAAACUAAACGAAGAUUCGCAUAUAAUUUUAGGAUCCUAUGCUUAUCAACGAACACCUCUACGUACUAUUUCAUCCAACUCAAAUUCCAACGAAUCACCUUAUCCCACGCAGUCUCGGUACCACCACCUGCAAUCACCGCUGUCCACCCCGUCUCCGCAACAUCACCUGCAAUCCCCGCUGUCCACCCCGUCUCCGCAACACCAUCUGCAAUCGCCGCUGCCCACGCCGUCGCCGCAACACCACCUGCAAUCGCCGCUGUCCACUCCGUCUCCGCAACACCACCUGCAAUCCCCGCUGUCCACCCCGUCUCCGCAACACCACCUUCAAUCCCCGCUGCCUACGCCGUCUUCGCAACACCACCUGCAAUCGCCGCUGUCCACCCCAUCUCCGCAACACCACCUGCAAUCCCCGCUGCCCACGCCGUCUCCGCAACACCACCAGCGAUCACCGAUGCCCACGCCGUCUCUGCAACUCCACCUGCGAUCCCCGCUGCCCACGCCGUCUCCGCAACACCACCAGCGAUCACCGACAGAUCCCUCCACCUCACCUGCCCACGCCGUCUCCGCAACACCACCACGAUCACCGAUGCCCACGCCGUCUCCGCAACACCACCAGCAAUCACCGAUGCCCACGUCAUCUCUGCAACACCACCAGCGAUCACCGAUGCCCACGCCAUCUCUGCAACACCACCUGCGAUCCCCGCUGCCCACGCCGUCUCCGCAACACCACCAGCAAUCUCCGCUGCCCACGCCGUCUCCGCAACACCACCAGCAAUCACCGAUGCCCACGCCAUCUCCACGCCUUCAACAACAUUUACCUGA